AUGGACGUAUCACGCUACCAGCGGCCGCCCCCGCCGUGGGCCGCCGGGAAGAACCCGUGGACGAGCGUCGUCCACGCCUAUCACAUGCCCGUCCCAUGGGCUCCUACACCGGGUCUUCUUGGUCCUCGCCCCGCGGGCCACCAGGCAUUCUUCGGCGCCCCCCACCAGCCGUACGGUGCUCCCCUCGCGCCGCCACCCCUUGGUGGCUAUGGCGCGCACGCUCAGGCGCCACCCUACGGAGGCCAGCCGCCGCCGCCGGUACCUGCACCGUGGGACCCCGCCCUCCUGGCCGCCCUUCACUCUGCGCCAUCACCGAGUAACUCUGGCGGUGGAGGCGACUGGUACAUGGACUCGGGUGCUACUGCGCACAUGACAGCUCAUCUCGGUUUCUCCGGCUUCGGCUCCUUCGACGCCGACCCCCGCACCCUCUUCCUGGAGUGA